CGGAAACUGUGAGAAAAUCUGCGAGAAAAUGAUCGGUGGACACAACGCAGCUCUUGGUGAAUUUCCCCACCAGGUGUCAAUCAGAUAUGAAGGCAGACACAUUUGCGGCGGAGCAAUUAUUCACAAUGACUACAUUUUGACGGCAGCCCACUGUUUUGAUAAAAAUAAUCCUGAUAAAUUGACUGUUGUAACUGGCACGAUAAAUCUAACCAGAGGUGGUGAGGAACACCAAAUAGAAAAAAUUAUCAAGCACAAUUUUUCAGAAAAAACAAAGGAAAAUGACAUUGCUGUUGUGAAGCUUCAAAACUCAAUAAAGUUCAACCAAUUUCAAAAACCAAUCGCCUUACCAAGGAAACGACCAAAGGGAAAUACCCUAAGCAUAGUAACAGGAUGGGGAAAGCAUGUGUAUCCUGGAAAAGCACAUCCAAACAAUUUGCAAAAAAUGGAAGUCUACACAAUGACUGAUGAAGAAUGCCGAAAUGUGUUUUGGCACCCAGGAUACAUUAUGCCAGGAAUGAUGUGUGCCAUUAAAUCAAAAUCAGGUGUAUGCAAAGGAGAUUCUGGAGGACCACUUUUCAUACAAAAAGCAAUGGAUUUAAAUACGAAAUCAUCGGCAUUGUCUCUUGGAUGUCAAAAACAUGUGCAAGUGGAAAACCCGAUGUAUACACGUGAGAAAAUCUGCGAGAAAAUGAUCGGUGGACACAACGCAGCUCUUGGUGAAUUUCCCCACCAGGUGUCAAUCAGAUAUGAAGGCAGACACAUUUGCGGCGGAGCAAUUAUUCACAAUGACUACAUUUUGACGGCAGCCCACUGUUUUGAUAAAAAUAAUCCUGAUAAAUUGACUGUUGUAACUGGCACGAUAAAUCUAACCAGAGGUGGUGAGGAACACCAAAUAGAAAAAAUUAUCAAGCACAAUUUUUCAGAAAAAACAAAGGAAAAUGACAUUGCUGUUGUGAAGCUUCAAAACUCAAUAAAGUUCAACCAAUUUCAAAAACCAAUCGCCUUACCAAGGAAACGACCAAAGGGAAAUACCCUAAGCAUAGUAACAGGAUGGGGAAAGCAUGUGUAUCCUGGAAAAGCACAUCCAAACAAUUUGCAAAAAAUGGAAGUCUACACAAUGACUGAUGAAGAAUGCCGAAAUGUGUUUUGGCACCCAGGAUACAUUAUGCCAGGAAUGAUGUGUGCCAUUAAAUCAAAAUCAGGUGUAUGCAAAGGAGAUUCUGGAGGACCACUUUUCAUACAAAAAAGCAAUGGAUUUAAAUACGAAAUCAUCGGCAUUGUCUCUUGGAUGUCAAAAACAUGUGCAAGUGGAAAACCCGAUGUAUACACGUCUGUCUUCUACUAUCUCGAAUGGAUCAAAAAUGCGACUAAUGGAGCAAUUUAUUAA